UGGUGAGUUGUGAUUGGCCGAUCUUGUUGCAUGGAGUUGGCGCCAUCGUAAGCAUCGGCGCUUCCUUUAGAGCAGAGAACUGCUACUCUUUGCCACUAUUAGCGGUUUAACUAAGACGCAAUGGCUGAUAAAGACGCUGCAUUUGAUGAUGCUGUGGAGGAAAGGAUGAUCAAUGAGGAGUACAAGAUCUGGAAGAAGAACACCCCUUUCCUUUACGACCUAGUCAUGACACACGCCCUGGAGUGGCCCAGCCUCACUGCCCAGUGGCUGCCUGAUGUCACCAGGCCAGAAGGGAAGGACUACAGCGUGCACAGGCUGGUCCUGGGGACACACACUUCCGAUGAGCAGAACCACCUUGUGAUUGCUAGUGUUCAGCUCCCAAAUGAUGAUGCCCAGUUUGAUGCCUCACACUACGACAGCGAGAAAGGAGAAUUUGGAGGCUUUGGGUCUGUAAGUGGGAAGAUAGAGAUUGAGAUCAAGAUCAACCAUGAAGGAGAAGUGAACCGAGCCCGGUACAUGCCUCAGAAUCCUUGCAUCAUUGCCACUAAGACUCCCACCAGCGACGUGCUUGUCUUUGAUUACACGAAGCACCCCUCCAAGCCUGACCCCUCUGGAGAAUGCACCCCAGAUCUACGUUUGAGAGGCCACCAGAAGGAGGGCUAUGGCCUCUCAUGGAACCCAAAUCUCAGCGGCUGCCUCCUCAGUGCUUCAGAUGACCAUACUAUCUGCCUGUGGGACAUCAGCACAGUGCCCAAGGAGGGAAAGAUUGUGGAUGCAAAGACCAUCUUCACAGGACACACUGCUGUGGUGGAGGAUGUUUCCUGGCACCUGCUCCAUGAGUCACUCUUUGGAUCCGUCGCGGAUGACCAGAAACUCAUGAUCUGGGACACGCGGUCCAACAACACCUCCAAGCCCAGCCAUGCAGUGGACGCCCACACCGCUGAGGUCAACUGCCUGUCUUUCAAUCCCUACAGCGAGUUCAUCCUGGCCACUGGCUCUGCAGAUAAGACUGUGGCACUUUGGGACCUGAGGAACCUGAAGCUGAAGCUGCACUCAUUUGAGUCUCACAAGGACGAGAUCUUUCAGGUUCAGUGGUCUCCUCAUAACGAAACCAUCCUGGCCUCCAGCGGCACUGACAGGAGGCUCAACGUGUGGGACCUCAGCAAGAUCGGAGAGGAACAGUCACCAGAGGAUGCUGAGGAUGGCCCUCCUGAGCUGCUGUUCAUCCACGGCGGACACACAGCUAAGAUCUCAGACUUCUCUUGGAACCCCAACGAGCCUUGGGUCAUAUGUUCUGUGUCAGAAGACAACAUCAUGCAAGUCUGGCAGAUGGCUGAAAAUAUCUACAAUGACGAGGACCCAGAAGGUGCUGCAGAUGCAGAGGUCCAGGCAUGAGUCCAGUCUCCACGUCUCUUCAUUUGACCUGCUUGUUAAAAAUGUGCAUAAGCAGUAAUGUGUUUCUAAAAUACAUUUUGGGCAGCACUUAAACUUAAAUUUACUCUGGUCUGUGAUGAAACGGCCUCAGAUGUGUCCAACUUUCAGGUUUGUUUUUUUCCUCUUGAUCAGUUGUGCUGAAAACAUUUAUACAGAGAUCCAUUUUUAUUAAAGUUGUACAUAUUAUAGUUUUUUCUUUCUUGUAUUUGCUUGAUAUACAUAGUAUACAUUCUCCAGAUUGUGUGUUGUCACCUGUAUGUGUUUUUUAUUUGAUGUUUUUCUGUGCUGCAUCUGACAUUUUGUGUCCUUGAGUAUAUUCAUAAUAAAAUAUUUACAGUUAA